CUGAGGAAGGGGCUGAGCGAGUAGCCGCGUCCUCGGUCUCACACACAUACACACACACACACCGCCACCGCCGCCUGGCCUUUCGCCAUGCACACGACCAGUGGCUAGGGUGCGGGGAGGCGAGCGCAUCACCAUGGACCAUGGGCCGCGUAAGGGAGGACAUUCGGACGGUGAUACUUAGAAAGCACUGCAACUAUGCAGGGAAAGUUGAGGCUGGACUGGCUGUACGGGUGCAACUCCUCAAGACUGUAGUUGAAACAACUUGCUGAGCACCAUGAGUUGGAGCUUCCUCACACGUCUUCUGGAAGAGAUCCACAACCACUCCACCUUUGUGGGGAAAGUGUGGCUGACUGUUCUCAUCAUCUUCCGCAUUGUGCUGACCGCCGUUGGGGGCGAGUCCAUCUACUCGGACGAGCAAACCAAAUUCACCUGCAACACCAAGCAGCCUGGCUGCGACAAUGUGUGCUAUGACUCAUUCGCACCUCUCUCACACGUCCGGUUCUGGGUCUUUCAGAUCAUCAUGAUAUCUACACCCUCUGUCAUGUACCUAGGCUACGCCAUCCACAAAAUCGCUCGCUCUUCAGAGGAUGAGCGGCGAAAGUUCCACAGGUACCAAAGGAAGAACCACAACAGUCGCUGGCGAGACAGCCACCCACUAGAACAGGUGCUUGAAGAGGAAGAGGAUGACGAUGCAGAGCCGAUGAUCUACGAAGAUGCUUUGGAAGUGCAGGAGGCAAAGCCUGACGUGACCAACAUUCCCAGUAGGGAUCUGCAGAAGCAUGACGGACGGCGGAGGAUCGUGCAGGAGGGCCUGAUGAAGAUCUACGUGAUUCAGCUCUUGUCCCGCGCCAUCUUCGAGAUCGGCUUCCUCGUGGGCCAGUACCUCCUGUACGGCUUCCGAGUCAAUCCGUCCUACGUGUGCAAUAAGAUCCCGUGUCCCCACAGGGUGGACUGCUUUAUCUCGCGGCCCACGGAGAAGACCAUCUUCCUGCUCAUCAUGUAUGUGGUCAGUUGCCUGUGCCUGGUGCUCAACGUUUGCGAGAUGUUUCACCUGGGCAUUGGCGCCUUCAGAGACAAUCUCCGCAGACGGAGGAACAAAGGUCGGCAGCCUGCCUACAGUUACUCUUACUCGAGGAACAUCCCAGCAUCGCCCCCGGGAUACAACCUGGUCAUUAAGUCCGACAAACCUGGCAAGAUGCCCAACAGUCUCAUAUCGCACGAGCAGAACAUGGCGAACGUGGCCCAAGAGCAGCACUGCAUAAGCCCUGAUGAGAACAUCCCCACUGACUUGGCCAGUCUACAUCGCCACCUACGGGUGGCCCAGGAGCAGUUGGAUAUGGCCUUUCAGACUUACAACACCAAAAACAACCCUCAGACCUCCAGAACCAGCAGCCCAGUCUCAGGGGGCACCAUGGCCGAACAGAACCGGGUCAACACGGCCCAGGAAAAGCAGGGGGCGAGGCCCAAAGCUGCCACUGAGAAAGCUGGAACAAUAGUCAAAAAUGGCAAGACAUCUGUAUGGAUCUAAAGUCACUGCAACAGUGUACAGUAGAUGUGUCAAAUGACUGGGCAUUAGUGGGACCAUGCAAGUAUUCAGUACUGUAUGGAAAGAUUUACUGACUAAAAAAAUUAACUAACACCACAUGAUCCAGCACAAUGUGCCUGAUCUUACAUACCAGUGUCAAAGAGUGUAAGAGUGUCAAACGUUAUCAUGAACACUGUGGGAGCAAAACUUGUUGAAAGGAAAUGUAAGUCUACCAUAUUCCAUACAUUAUUUGAGAUGUGUUUUUCCCUUGUGCUAGCCUCAGCAUUCUGUACUUUUCAUGUAUCUUACUGGUCUAAUUUUAGCAUGUCUGAAUCAUAUUAGAUAUGAGUCUCCUUAUAUAUACUGUAUUCAACAGUCUGAUAUCAGUUUACAGUACUUCCUCAUGAUGUCUUACAUCAGUUGUGUGAGUAGGAUACUGUAUGUUACACGUAGUGAUAUCUCUCAGAAAGGUUAUCAUAAGGUGUGCUCUUUAGCAUGAAUAUCAGUAGUCCCGUCACAUGGACUUGGUAAAUGAAGUGUGCAGCUUUUGGUUAACACUUAUUUUCCAGAUGGAUGACUGACAUAUACAUCAGAAUAUUUAUUUUUAAAAGGUGUUUACAACAGAGUGACCAUUAUUGUUUGAUUUUUUUUAUACAGUUCGCUGGAUUGUUUUAACUUCAUCCAUUUAUAUACCGAGUUACGUCUUUAUUUUGCGUUAAUAAUAUUCUUAGUUUUGUUUAAAAAUGUGUACAAUUAUGGAUAAGGAUUCUUGAUGGGUUUGGGUUUUUAAAGGUAUUAUAUUUCAAUAUGGGCAUUAUACAGUUUUUUUACAUUACAUAUGAGUAAUGCAAAAUGAGAUUUACAUUAAGCACAAUAAUUGAGCUACAUGGAACUGCCGACCAUAAAAAUGACAUUUUUGUCCCUUCAUCAUUCAUGUUUAAAAAUACAAAAUAGUUAUCUUG